CUCCUGAGACCUAUAUCAGCCCUAGGUGGAUGAGACCGAACCUACACAUGGUAUCAGAGUCGUCGGUUCAGAUCCUCAACCUGUACUAGUAGCCAGUAAGUAGUAUGCGAAAGCACCUUUCUGUAAUCCAAACCAGCAUAGAGCUCGUCGGUAGAAGAAACUGGCCAGUCUUCUGUUGCUGGUGUUGCUAGUGCUCUGGGGGGAGCAGGAGGGUGCUCCCCUAGCAACCACCCCCGGUUGUAUAUGCUUCCCUCUCUCUCUCUCUCUCUCUCUCUCUCUCCUCCUUCUUUCUCUUCUUUUCUCUCCUCAACACCAUAUGGUCGUUUGAUGCUAGUAUCCUGACUUCUGUCUGCAUACGUUUUCAAACCUCUUUGGCGUUCUAGCUUUCUUGCUGCUUUCUCUGCUAUUUUCUGACUUCACAUCUAUCUUUCCUCUCACUCCGAAUCCUCCCCUCAUUCUUCUUUUCUCGUUUUAAUUUUGACCAGGAUACAAGAUGGUUCAUCUGUCUGUGCCUGGGUUUCUUUCUGUGACCGGGCAGACAACCCGGUUCACGACACAGUCUUCUUCUCUUUCUUUCCCCCAUCGCUCCGUUUUGUCAGACUUGUCCCUGCGAACUAAGGUUCGUUCUUUUGCUGGGUUGCAGAAAGGUUCGCGUCUUCCGGUCCGCUCUGUUGUGACUGUGAAUUCGGCUGCCACUGCUCCUAUUCCCCCAUCUGUUCCCACAUCCAAGGGCAAUGUUUCCCAUCUUGAGGAAAGAAGGGCAGCUCGACAGGCUCGCUCUCGGCCCUGGAUCCAUGAUGGGUCGAAGAGUGUCAAUCAGUCCUGUAAGGGACACCUGUCGAUAUCCCAUACUGUCCCAAAGACCAUCCCCAAACCAAUCCCAAAACAUGUGCCCAAGCCAAUUCCAAAGUCAGCCCCAGUCCCUCUUCCCAUCACACGCACGGCGAUUCCAGCUGCGAGGCAAACCGAGAUUCGACAAGCGAUUGCACUAAUCGGCAAAACUCUAGCCAAGCCUGUUCCGAGGUGCCUCAAGGACGAGCCGGUGAGGAAGCGCGUUCGCUUUGGAGAAACCACGGUGAUCCCCGUAUCUCGCUGGAUCGUGCGACGAAAGCACAUUUUCCCCUUCCCGUCCUUCUUUGGACAUCUGCAAGGAUGGUAUCUCAAACCUCUCCCAGAGCCAGAUGCAGAUGGGCUUGAGGUGGCGUAUAAGUCAACAUUUGGUUCCGAUGACUAUAUCAUGCUUGUUUCGACGCAUGCCUCGGAGGACUGCGAACGAGGGGCUGAAUGUUCAUGGAACACUCUAGCUCGCAUUCAGGCGAGACAUCCCAUGUGGAGCCCGCCCCGAGUGUUCAAGCACUGGCUCAGGAAACGAGAGAAGAUGAGGAAACAGGGCAUUUUUGUCCUGUGAAUCGUCAUGUCUGUUUCUUUCAGAGGUCUUGCUUUGCGAGUGAAACUCUCCUGUUGCCCCCUGGCUUGUUCAUUUUCAUGUUUUCAUGCUUUCUUCAUUCUGUUCUCGCUAUCUCUGGUCUUCAGAUGAAAGACCCUCCAGGUUCUGCUGAUAUUUUAUAGAUCGGGGUAAUGUUGUCCUGCUGUGAUAUUGGUGGCCUAGACACGCCAACUUCAAGGUGAGAGAAGCUCUCCUGUACGCAGGGUUCAAGUCGUAGUCCCUUGCCUGGACAUUACCAACCCAGCGCUG